AAGUUUGAGAAGAACAAUACUAAUUUGGUGUGUUGGAUAUAUGUAUAUACUCACAAAGUAGGUCAUAAGUGAAAGGGCAAACGCUAGUCCAGUGACUAGGUUGUUUCAUCAAUAAGCGUAUCCAGAUUACGAAAUAGAUCGUUUAAAACAAAAAUACUGGUAUUAAGUGAAUAAUUACCUCUGCUUACUUACGUAGAGAAAACACGACGAAACAUACAACGAUCGGCAAAUCAUGGAUUCAGAUUCAAUUCCUGUUAGUUUUGCUCAACUGGAGAAAGAUCUUAUUUCUGCCCUUGAAAGUGAUGCAAGAAGUCAAGUGGAAAAUGACGCAAAACUGAAAGCCAUCUCUCAAAGAGUUUCAUAUGAUGAAUUCAGAAACAUUGUGUAUGGAGCUCAUCUAAAACCAAUUGCAAGCAGUUCACCUUCGUCUGGCAAAUCCCAAAAGGGCAGAAUAUGGAACAAUAUAGCACUGACAAAGAAAAGUCAUGAACCAGACUCGAAUGAUGCCAGGAAAUCAAUGUUGAUCCCAGCAAAUAACUUUGGCCUUAAUCAACUGCCAAUUUCUGCUCAAUUUUUGAAUUCCUGGCAGCAAUCAGACACAAAGUCCAGACUUCUAAUUUUGUAUAAAAUAGGUCCUACAGGUUUGAAUAACAUAUUUACGAUUGACAUGCCAACAGCUCUGCUGGGAGAAAUAUUUGAGGCUCUCUCGUGCUUUAACAAUCCCAUAACAGAUGUAGUAGCUGUGAUCAAGCUUAUGGAAGCUCUGACAAAAAUUAAGAGAUUUAACCUUAUUGUGCAUUUUCUUAAUGCCUCUGAAAGAGCAAUUUGCCAACAAUUGAUCCAUAAGCUUCUGUCUAGUCUCAUUCAGAGAGAACAAGAUUUUGCUGAAGAAGGCAUAACAGAAUGGACCAUUCAAGAGCUGGGUAAAAGAUUUCUUGUGAAACUGUAAAAGAACGGCCUGUGAAUUAUUAGGUAGUCUUGUUCCUUCAACUGCUAAUUUCCAAAGAUGUAUGCCAAGAGAAAGCCAAAAUAUUUCUCAAGCUCAAAAGUAUAAAGAAAUUGUUUCAUCUAAUCACCAGGAAGUUCAGAGAACUUACUCACCAUACAAUUCCAUAGAGCAGCAAAUCUGGUUGUUGUUGACAGGUGUGUUCAUUUCCAUUCAGUUCAGUUAUUUCUGUGUCUAAACAUCUUCUCACAUCCACCCUAGUGGUUUAGCAAUUGCUGUUAGUUUUUAUGGGUUUGCUUUUUACAUACUUGUUUGUCAUUGGCUGUCAAUCUUAUGCCUAUUAUAGUAUUAUACUACUAUCUUUUACAACCUUCCCAAUCAUGACCACUGCAAAACUGAAAACAGUAAGAUCCAAAUAUAACAAUAAGAAUAUAAAAAAAAAAAAAGAAAAGAUUUUUGCUUUUAUUGACAAACAUCUUGGCCACACAAAUAUUUAUCCAGAAAUUAAAAUAGGACAAAAUGUAUCUGAGAAAUUGGAUUUUUCACAAGCAUCAAUUGCUCUUUUCUCCUCAUUUUGAAAACUGCCAUGGUAGGGUAGUUUGCACGUGACAUGAUAAAUAAAUGUAGGGUGUCUCUUGCAAGAUGUUCAAAAACCAUGAACUUUUAGCUGUUCUGGUUUAGCCAAACCGGUCUUUGUCAACCACUGACAGAUAUUUUCACGUUGAUCUCCUUGAAGCUGAAGAACCUCACCAUACUCGGGGUGUUCUACAACAGUGCCGUUACAAGCAAAUUCCUAAAAGAAAAAAUUACAAAACCACUCUCUUAUGAAUUGAUUAGAGUAAUUCACAUACCUUCUUGCAAUGGCGAACAAUUUUUUUCAAAUCGUAUUCGGCAGACAGUCCUUGAAUAGUGGUUAAAGUUUUACGACCAUUACGCUGCUGAAUACGAAUGUGAACUAGACCAUCCUGUACUGCCUCUCCCGGACCCUUAUCGGCGUCAGCGAAGGGAUC